AUGUUCUAUUUAUCUGCGCAUAUUUUUCCUUCUUCCGUUGAUCUUUUCUUUUUAUCCGCGGCUAAUUUUCAUUCUUCCAUUGAUCCUUUCUAUUUACUUGCUCAUAAUUUCCUUCUAGAGUUAGCAUACUUUUCCUUCUUCCGUUCAUCCUUUCUAUUUAUCAGGCAUACUUUUCCUUCUUCCGUUCAUCCUUUCUAUUUAUCAGGCAUACUUUUCCUUCUUCCGUUCAUCCUUUCUAUUUAUCAGGCAUACUUUUCCUUCUUCCGUUCAUCCUUUCUAUUUAUCAGGCAUACUUUUCCUUCUUCCGUUCAUCCUUUCUAUAUAUCUGCGCAUACUUUUCCUUCUAUCAUUGAUCCUUUUUAUGCAUCCGGCAAUCUUUUCCUUCUUCCGUUGAUCCUUUCUAUUUAUCCGCGCACACUUUCCUUUUUCUGUUCAUCCGGCAUAAUUUUCCUUCUUCCGCUGAUCCUUGCUAUAUAUCCGCGCAUAUAUUUACUUCUUUCGUUGAUCCUUUCCAUUUAUGCGAGCAUAUUUUCCAUAUUUCCGUUGAUCCUUUCUAUUUAUCCAUGCCGAAAUUUCCUUCUUCCUUUGAUUUUUAUAUUUAUCCGCGCAUAUUCUACAUCUUCCUUUGAUCUUUUCUAUUUAUCCGCGCAUAGAUUUCUUUCUUCCGUUCAUCAUUUCUAUUUAUCCGCGCAUAUUUUCCUUCUUCCUUUGAUCAUUUCAAUUUAUCCUAGUAUACUUGCCUUAUUUGUUGAUCCUUUCUAUUUAUCCGCGGAUACUUUCAUUAUUCAGUUGAACCUUUCUAUUCAUCAGCACAUAUUUUUCCUUCUUUAUUUGAUAUUUUGA